UCUCCCUUUCGAGGAGCGCAGCAGGCGCGGCGGGCGCCCCUCACCCCGCGUCACGCACGCACCUUCUGCACCCCAACAGCUCCGGGCCCCGCUGCACCCCGCAGGCCCUUCGCCCUUGGAGAAGGCUCUCCUGGGGGGGCCCCUGGCCCACUGCAUCCCCUUCCUUACCUCCCCCGCCCCGCAGGCCCCAACUGCCCCCUCGCAGCCCCCCCCCGGCUCGCGCCUCGGGCCCUACCGACCUCGGCGCUUUCUGCACCGCGGCCUUGCAUUCGCUCUAGCUUCCAGGCCUUCUGCUAAAAAUCACCUUUCCUCCUGAAUAGGGGACCCGAAUUUUUCUUUUAGGAUCUUCCAGCAAAACCAAAAAUCUCUUCUCUUCUUUGAUUAUACCCUUCAACCUCCUUUUAGAAACUUUCUCUAGCAAAAAAGAAUAUAAAUAUAUAUAUAUAUUUUUUUCUUUUCUGGAUUUUUCCUCCAUUCAGGAUCUCUUUCCAGCAAAAAUUUUCUGCCCACCAAGAGCCCCCCUUUUUGUCCUAUCUUUCCACUGAUAGCAGAGGAGCUCUGUUCUUCCAGUUUCUCAUGUAAUACUUGUUUUUCCAACGCUCUUCUCGACCUCUUCAGCAAAAAUCCCUUUUUUGUCCAUCACCAGUUUUACCCCAAUUAGGCUUUUCCCAGCAAACCCCUCAGGUCCCUUCCCUAGGAAGGAAAGUAAGGAAAAGACAAAAAUAACUCCCUUAACUGCAAAACCCUUUCCCUAUCUAGAUCUCCCCAAUUUAGUAUUGCUUCCUUCCUUCUUCCAAAAAUUGCCUGUCAUCCCCACAGUUUCACACCUGUGUGCUUGCUUCUUUGGGGACCCAAGUUCUGAAUGCCCCUUCCUUUCCACCAGCUGCUUUCAGGACACAAGAAGUUGGAUGAGUGUCCUGAAUUUGCUACCCGGAGUUCCAGGAGGAAAUAUCCAGUGGUCUGACGGUCACCUGAACCCCCUCCCUGUGGGUCCUAAAUUGGGCCCUCCUGUUCCCUGGAGAUUCACUCAUUUGUUCUUCUCCUGCUGGAGAAAGAGGUCAGUUCUGUCCAUGUUGCCGGAAAUCCUUUCAUUUAUUACUUACAACAACCUUAUGAUGGAGGUACUCUAUGCCCAGUUUACAGAUGAGGAAACUGGGGCUCGUGGAGCUUAAGUGACUUGCCCACAUUCACAUGGCUGUUAAGUGGCAGAGAACAGACCCAAACACAGGAAUUAGACAUCAACAAGAGCUUUUCCUCCCUGACUCCUUACACGGCCUUGCUUGUUUGGAGAGUAGGUCUUAGCCAAGACCUGGCAGUGGAGAGCCAUGGACCAGUACAGCCUUGGGGACGAGGGUGCCCUUCCUCCAGAGAUGCAUCUCCCUUCGUUUUCCGAGAGCCAGGGACUCAAUUGCAGCGACACCCUCAACCGGGAUCUGGGUCCCAGCACACGUGACCUGCUCUAUGCUGGCCUGAGUGGUUUGGACCUGGACUCCAGCCUCCCCACGCCUGACAUGCCCAGUGAGGCACUGGAGGACAACUUAGAUACCCUGUCCCUGUACUCCGGGAAGGACAGUGACUCCAUGAAGCUGCUGGAGGAGUAUGCAGAUCCGGAAUCUCAGGCUUCCUUACAAGACCUGGGCCUUGGCGUGCUCAAGAUGCCUAAGGAGGCUGAUGAAGGAGGCAGGGCUACCUGUGGGAGUACCAGGAAAGGCAAGCGGCAGCACACUUCCCCCCAGAACCCGCUUCUGGACUGCAGCCUCUGUGGAAAGGUGUUCAGCAGCGCCAGCUCCCUUAGCAAGCACUACCUGACGCACAGCCAGGAAAGGAAGCACGUUUGCAAAAUCUGCAGCAAGGCCUUCAAGCGCCAGGACCACCUGACUGGGCACAUGCUCACCCACCAGAAGACCAAGCCCUUCGUGUGCAUCGAGCAGGGCUGCAGCAAGAGCUACUGUGACUACCGCUCCCUACGUCGGCACUACGAGGUCCAGCAUGGUCUGUGUAUCCUAAAAGAAGCCCCCCCAGAAGAGGAAGCCUGUGGGGACUCCCCCCACGCCCACGAGGGGGCCAGCCAGCCUGCACCCGCUGGCCUGCGAUCUCUGGUGCCCCCAGAAGCCAGGUCCCCCAGCUCCCUCUUGCCCAACCGAGACCUCCUGCGCUGUAUUGUGAGCAGCAUCGUCCACCAGAAGAUCCCUUCUCCCGGCCCGGCCGCCGCGGGGCCCUCAGAUGGCAGUGAGGGGAGGAACACAGCCUGUCCCUGCGCACCCUCUUCCGGGCCCUCCUCCUGCACCCCAGGUGGCAUCCCAGUGGCCCCUGGAAACCUGGGCAUUGACGUUCCGGAAGAGCCUCGUCCCCCAAGGAAGGAGCCUGCUGCAGCCAUGUUCACAGCCGUCCACUCAAGAGCAGUGGAGAAUGGGGGCACUGACCUGGCUGAGUCUGAGCCCCCUCUGCUCCCAGUGCCGCCCACCCUGGAGGGGUGGCCUGAGGGUGGCCCCCUACCUGCCUGCCUGCCUCUGUUCCGAGCCCAGACGGUCCCCACCAGUUCCCAGCCAGCCAGCCACAACUUCCAGUGGCUCCGGAACCUGCCCGGCUGCCCCAAGAACAAAGGGAACAAUGUGUUCAUGGUCCACAAGCCCCCGUCAGUGCCAUCUCGGGAGGGCUGCGAGUCAGCCCCUGGCCCCAGCAGCACCUCCCCCGUGGGGGAACCCUUGCCCAACUCAGGCCCCAGUCUGGAGGACGCGUUGCCCUUCCCUGCCACGCUCCUGAAGGCACCUGGGGAAGCCUCAGGGGACCCCAGAUAUGUUGGCGGAGAAGACGACUCCUGGGUUUCCAAGAAGAGCAAGUUUGACUGCGACUCCUUCUUGCGGCAGAACCCCGGGGAGCCCAGCCUCCCAGAUGCCCAGAAGCCCAGCGGGCUCCCAUCGGAUGCCACUCCACUCUUCCGGCAGCUGUUCCUGAAGUCCCAGGAGUCUCUGGUGAGCCACGAGCAGAUGCAGGUGUUCCAAAUGAUUGCCAAGUCCCAGCGGAUCUUCUCCCAGCUGCCGGGGCCCGAGGGCAAGCAGGCUGCCCUGAAGCCACUGCCGGGGCCAUGGCCGCAGCAGCCCCCACCACCAGCAACUCCUGUUGACUCUCUCCAUGCUGGCCCUGGAUACCCGGAGCCAGAGGGGUCCCCAGGCCGCAGGAAGAAAACCACGCCCGGGUUCCCCAGAGAGGCCUCUCCGGGCGGCACCAGACGGGACACCAAGGGAGGACCAAAGGUGGCCACUGCUCCGCUGCCCCUCACAGCGGCAUCAUUGGACCCUCCUGGGAAUCCAGACAUCUCCUCUCUAGCCAAGCAGCUGAGAUCCACUAAAGGGACCUUGGACUUGGGGGACAUCUUCUCCCCCGGGGGCCCCCGGCAGACCCAGUUAGGUGGGGAGGAGACCCUCGGAGCCCCGCUCCCUGGGAAGCAGGCCCAGGCGGAGAAUGGCCCAGCUUUGGGGGCCGGGAAAGGCGAAAAGAGCCAGGCCUGCACCCGGGGCGGAGGCUACAGGCUCUUCUCCGGCAACCCUAGGUCCCAGCGCUUCUCAGGCUUCAGGAAGGAGAAGGUGAAAAUGGAUAUGUGCUGCACGGCCUCCCCAAGCCAGGUAGCCAUGGCCUCCUUCUCAUCAGCUGGACCACCAGCAGAGCCACCCCAGGACUCCAAGUCCAAGCUGACCAUAUUCAACAGAAUCCAGGGUGGAAAUAUCUACCGGCUCCCCCAUCCGCUGAAGGAGGAGAAUGUGGCAGGUGGAUGUAACCAGCAAAAUGGGGGUCCUGCAGACUGGGCAGAGCCAAGGAGCACUUAUGUCUGCAAGAAUUGCAGCCAGAUGUUUUAUACAGAGAAAGGGCUGAGCAGCCACAUGUGUUUUCACAGCGACCAGUGGCCAUCACCUCGAGGGAAGCAGGAGCAGCAGGUGUUUGGCACGGAGUUUUGCAAGCCACUGAGACAGGUGCUGAGGCCAGAGGGGGACGGGCAGAGUCCCCCAGGGGCUAAGAAGUCCUUGGACAACACAGCUGCAGCCCCUUUGGCGAUCCCUGUGUCUGCACCUGUAGCUCCAGCAACCCGACCCAUUGGGAGCGCUGCCAAGGGACAAGAGAAGGAUGGGGAAGAGAGAGACAGCAAGGAGAGCAGCCAACACAGGAAGCGGAAGAAGCGCCCCCAGCCCAAGUCACUGUCCAUCCCUCCCGCACCCUCUUCAUUAGGGGAGCUGGGCCUGGGAGGAUGCCACCAGAGCUGUCUGAGGUCCCCAGUGUUCCUGGUGGACCGCCUCCUGAAGGGGUUGUUCCAGUGCUCUCCUUAUACACCACCCCCCAUGCUCAGCCCCAUCCGCGAGGGCUCUGGGCUGUACUUCAACACCCUCUGUUCCACCUCCGUUCACGCCGGGCCUGACAAACUCAUCAGCAACAUGCUUGAUCAAGUGGAUGGCUCUUUUGGCAUUUGCAUGGUAAAGGAUGACACCAAGAUCAGCAUUGAACCACACAUCAACAUAGGAAGCCGGUUUCAAGCUGAGAUCCCAGAGCUUCAGGAGAGAUCGCUGGCUGGAAUGGAUGAGCAUGUAGCUUCUUUGGUCUGGAAGCCAUGGGGAGAUGUGACAACCAACCCAGAAACACAGGACAGAGUGACCGAGCUGUGCAACGUGGCCUGCUCCAGCGUGAUGCCGGGAGGGGGCACCAAUCUGGAGCUUGCUCUGCACUGCUUGCAUGAAGCCCAGGGCGAUGUUCAGAUUGCCCUGGAGACCCUCUUACUCAGAGGACCCCAGAAGCCACAGACUCACCCACUGGCCGACUACCGCUACACAGGUUCAGACAUCUGGACCCCCAUGGAGAAGAGGCUUUUUAAGAAGGCGUUCUGUGCCCACAAGAAGGACUUUUACUUGAUACACAAGACGAUUCAGACAAAGACUGUAGCCCAGUGUGUUGAGUAUUAUUACAUCUGGAAAAAAAUGAUCAAGUUUGACUGUGGCCGAGCCCCAGGACUGGAAAAGAGGGUCAAGAGAGAGCCAGAUGAGGCAGACAAGACAGAAGCAAAGGUCACUUGCAGCCCUCGGGAGAGACCCAGCCACCGUCCCACUCCUGAGUUCAAGAUAAAGACCAAGAGUUACAGGAGGGAGUCCAUUCUCAACUCCAGCCCAAAUGCUGGUCCCAAGCGGACCCCUGAACCACCAGGCAGUGUGGAGGGCCAGGGUGUCUUCCCCUGCAGAGAGUGUGAGAGGGUGUUCGACAAAAUCAAGAGUCGAAAUGCCCACAUGAAGCGACACCGGCUUCAGGACCAUGUGGAGCCCAUCGUCAGGGUGAAGUGGCCUGUGAAGCCCUUCCAGCUGAAGGAGGAAGAGGAGGAGGAGGAGGAGAUAGGGGCUGACAUCGGCCCCCUGCAGUGGUGAUUGGGUGGAGUGGGGAGCUGGAGCCAGGCAGCAAGUCUGGAUGGGGGCCUCCAGCCCCCCGACAGCCUCUCCAAGGGGUUGAGGGCCCCCCUCUGCCUCCUCCCCACCCCCACUGUCCCUCACUGGCCAGCCUGGCUUGGAAACGUGGUAGGCAUUUGGCCAUAAAUAGGCAGGAGAAGCACCCAACCAUCAGACCACCGUGAAGUCCCAGUUGGCUGGUGCCAGAGGCUCCAUUCUCUUUAGGUUAAUUAGUCACUCCCCUUCUUUCAGUCCCACUCCAUCUAGAGCAGGGGGGCUUGGAGAGGUAAUGAGGUAGAUCUGGGUAGCUCUUAAAUCUUAGCCUCAGUUUUGGGGUUUGGUUACAUUUGUUAGAUAAGGCCAAGACGUAGAGAAUCAGUGGGAAGAUACCUUCAGAUCUCCAACAUGUUGGGGCCCCCCCUCCAGGGGAGUCUCUCUGCAUUCCAGAUUCAGUCCCUAGUUUUGCAAUGACUUGUACAUUGUUAGGUUUUUUUUGUACGUGUCGACUUGUAAAUCUUAUUAAAUUGGGUUCUCGAGCAGC